AUGGAAUCGGCAGCAACUAAGAAGCCCUGUAUUAAAUGUACUAAAAGUGGAGGAAUUAUCACAUGUGGUGGUUGUCAACAAUGGUUCUGUAUCAGACAUCUGCUUGACCAUCGAGAAGAACUAUCCGUACAGAUGGAUCAAGUCGGUCAAGAACAUGAUCUUCUGCAACGUGAUCUGAUUUCAGAGGAGAGCAUACAUCCACUUGUAACUCUCAUCAACAAAUGGGAAAUAACUUCAAUCGAAAAUAUCCGAGUCGCUGCACAAGAUGCUCGAAAUGAUUUACAGAAAUACCUUGACCAUACCAAGAUUCAAGUGAAGACAACACUCUUGUCAAUAAAUAACGAAUUACAAGCCAGUCGUGAAUCUGAUGAUUAUACAGAGUUAGAUUUGGCCAGAUGGAUACAACAAUUGGUAGAACUUCGAGAUAUACUCGAGAAACCAUCCACUAUCGAUUUUAUUGAUGAUGAUCGGACGCAGCCUUUGAUUCAUCGAAUUCAAAUGAAACAACGCGAGGCAGCACACACACUAGGUAGAGGAUCGGAAAAAGCUCUCGUUCGAACAAAUGCAAGUAAGUAUCUCACCAUUAACUAG